AUGACUGAGGAACCUUUACCUAAAAAGGUGAGUUCAAGAAGUACCUUGCAUUAACCUUUCUCAAGCUGACUUUUGCCUCAAGUGACUUUACCUAGUGAAGACCAGAGUCAAAAGUCUCAGUACUAAUACUGAUCUAUUAUCCCAUUUGUCUAUGAAGGUUCGCCUCAGUGAAGCUGAUCUGAAGACUCUGACCAGAGAGGAGCUCUGUGAAAGGUAUUGCUAUAAGUUAGCUAACUUUGCUAGUGUGCAAGUCUGCAAGAUUACUUUUCUUCAUAUGCACCAUUAUGAAUAGUUUAAUAUUCUUUCAGGUGGAAGCAGGAGGAUGCUUAUGUGCAGAUACUUGAGACAAAAUAUUCAGAGUUGAAUUGUAAGUAACGCUGAACUCUUAAAUGUUAACAUGCAUGAAUGCCCAUUGAACAAAUAAGUCUCUUCAAAGAUCUGCACAAGCAACUGAAAUCUAUCCUGUUUUGACUCUGCAGCAAAUGAUGUGACGGGCCUGAGGGAGUCUGAGGAGAAGCUGAAGCAGCAGCAACAAGAGGCUGCCAGGAGAGAGAACAUCCUUGUUAUGAGGUUGGCCACGAAGGAGCAGGAGAUGCAAGAAUGCACUGUGAGUAUGGUGAUAUGUUGUUGUUGUUCUGUGUCUGAAGUCCAUUGGUUUGAGUUUUCCAACCCUGUAUGAAAAUGCUAAAAUGAUCACAAAUCAAGGGAACGACAGUUGAUAGUAACAUGUGUUAGUGACAUACAGUGAGGGGAAAAAAGUAUUUGAUCCCCUGCUGAUUUUGUACGUUUGCCCACUGACAAAGAAAUGAUCAGUCUAUAAUUUUAAUGGUAGGUUUAUUUAAACAGUGAGAGACAGAAUAACAACAACAAAAUCCAGAAAAACGCAUGUCAAAAAUGUUAUAAAUGUAUUUGCAUUUUAAUGAGGGAAAUAAGUAUUUGACCCCCUCUCAAUCAGAAAGAUUUCUGGCUCCCAUGUGUCUUUUUUAUACAGGUAACGAGCUGAGAUUAAGAGCACACUCUUAAAGGGAGUAUAAAAGACACCUGUCCACAGAAGCAAUCAAUCAAUCAGAUUCCAAACUCUCCACCAUGGCCAAGACCAAAGAGCUCUCCAAGGAUGUCAGGGACAAGAUUGUAGACCUACACAAGGCUGGAAUGGGCUACAAGACCAUCGCCAAGCAGCUUGGUGAGAAGGUGACAACAGUUGGUGUGAUUAUUCGCAAAUGGAAGAAACACAAAAGAACUGUCAAUCUCCCUCAGCCUGGGGCUCCAUGCAAGAUCUCACCUCGUGGAGUUGCAAUGAUCAUGAGAACGGUGAGGAAUCAGCCCAGAACUACACGGGAGGAUCUUGUCAAUGAUCUCAAGGCAGCUGGGACCAUAGUCACCAAGAAAACAAUUGGUAACACUCUACGCCGUGAAGGACUGAAAUCCUGCAGCACCCGCAAGGUCCCCCUGCUCAAGAAAGCACAUAUACAGGCCCGUCUGAAGUUUGCCAAUGAACAUCUGAAUGAUUCAGUGGAGAACUGGGUGAAAGUGUUGUGGUCAGAUGAGACCGAAAUCGAGCUCUUUGGCAUCAAUUCUCGCCGUGUUUGGAGGAGGAGGAAUGCUGCCUAUGACCCCAAGAACACCAUCCCCACCGUCAAACAUGGAGGUGGAAACAUUAUGCUUUGGGGGUGUUUUUCUGCUAAGGGGACAGGACAACUUCACUGCAUCAAAGGGACGAUGGACGGGGCCAUGUACCGUCAAAUCUUGGGUGAGAACCUCCUUCCCUCAGCCAGGGCAUUGAAAAUGGGUCGUGGAUGGGUAUUCCAGCAUGACAAUGACCCAAAACACACGGCCAAGGCAACAAAGGAGUGGCUCAAGAAGAAGCACAUUAAGGUCCUGGAGUGGCCUAGCCAGUCUCCAGACCUUAAUCCCAUACAAAAUCUGUGGAGGGAGCUGAAGGUUCGAGUUGCCAAACGUCAGCCUCGAAACCUUAAUGACUUGGAGAACAUCUGCAAAGAGGAGUGGGACAAAAUCCCUCCUGAGAUGUGUGCAAACCUGGUGGCCAACUACAAGAAACAUCUGACCUCUGUGAUUGCCAGCAAGGGUUUUGCCACCAAGUACUAAGUCAUGCUUUGCAGAGGGGUCAAAUACUUAUUUACCUCAUUAAAAUGUAAAUCAACUUAACAUAUUUGACAUGCGUUUUUCUGGAUUUUUGUUGUUGUUAUUCUGUCUCUCACUGUUCAAAUAAACCUACCAUUAAAAUUAUAGACUGAUCAUGUCUUUGUCAGUGGGCAAACGUACAAAAUCAGCAGGGGAUCAAAUACUUUUUUCCCUCACUUUAUUGUAAUGGGGAAACUUGAUUUACUGUACCUACUGUUGCUCUUUCUUGGGACCUGAGUGUUCUGGUUACACAUGGUUAAUAAAUGUAUUAUUUUCACCAAUUUUCAGACCCAGAUCCAGUACCUGAAGCAAGCCCAGCAACCCAAUGUGGCCCAGCUGAGAUCUACCAUGGUGGACCCUGCGGUCAACUUGUUUUUCCUCAAGAUGAAGAGCGAACUGGAAGAGAACAAAGACAAAUUGGAGCAAGCCCAAAAUGAACUAAAUGCCUGGAAAUUUACACCUGAUAGGUAAACCAAACCAAAAUAACCCUCGAUCCUCCAGCCAAAGACUGUGCCAGCCAGACAACUGACUCUCUUCUGCAAGAAUGCAAAAUGGAGGGAAAGGAAGGCAGGAAAAUGCAAUGCGCUCAAACAUGACUGUGACUUUUUAAAAAGGAAAGAGAGACAGAUCAGAUCAGCCCCACUACUCCUCCUGCAUAUGUCAUAAACUCUUUGUCAGGUGAACUGGUUUCAGCUCUGAGUGACCCUGUUAAGGGGCUUGAAGGAAUCGGGACUGCUCAGAAGAGAUGGUCACUGACACUCAACCUCCAAACCCUCCCCCGCUAGGAACAUUGCUAUACUUUGUUUGGUUUGAUGGGAACAUUUCAGUGUGAAUGGCUUAGGCCUAGAACACACAACUUGUAGUCUCCUUACUUAGCAUUUGUUGGAGAAAACAUGUACUAACUUAAAAGUCACUGACCCCAUUCCACAUAGAGUAUAGAUAUUGAGUUAAGUUAAAUAGUUGAAAUGGAGGAACUUGCACAAGGCCCAGUCCAGAGACUGUUAAACACUAAAUACAUUUGUUAUAGUGAUCCUGGGCUUGCUUCAAGGAGUCAUCUUGAACACCUUUUUCAGUAAUAUGAACGAUACCCAGGUAUGACUGUUUCAUUUAUUAAUCACACAAUAAUCCAAACUUUUUCUGUUCAGUUGAAUUGUGCAAUUUUUGGACAGCACUGUUGAAAGCAGGCCUGUGUUACCAAGGUCUAGUUCAGAUGUAUGUGUUUAAAUUAUUUCACCUAAAUGUUGAACUUGUUUAGCAACUGUAACUGGUUCAGGUAGCAGUGUAAGCAUUUGGUAAGUCAAAUGGGCAAAAUGUAUAUUGUAUUAUGAUAUAUAUGACAACAUAUGAUCAUAUUGCCUUGAAUCUUGGUUGCCAUCAAACUAAUGCCCAUCGUUCUUGUUUGCUGUGUGAGUUGGUAUCUUAAAAAACCCACACUGAUAUCUUUGAGGGACUGAGCAUUGGGGCUGCUGGGACUGUCUUUUGACGUUAUAUAUAGUUGUGUGUGUAUAGUCCAUCAUGUUGACGUUAACCCCUGUCUCCUCUGCAGCCAGACUGGGAAGAAGCUGAUGGCUAAGUGCAGGAUGUUGAUCCAGGAGAACCAGGAGUUGGGCAGACAGAUCUCUCAGGGUCGUAUCGCCCAGCUGGAGGCAGAGCUGGCCCUGCAGAAGAAGUAUAGCGAGGAGCUCAAGAGCAGCCAGGAUGGUGAGUACUAUAGUCUCUCUAUAUCCUUAGCUAUUUCACUAUUUCUGUGGUACACAGGGCUCUAAAUUAAAAUAAAUCAUUGGUAGCACUGGUAUUCCUAACUUCAAGAAGUUAGGCGCACCACCACAUCAGAUUAUGAGCACCAGAAACAUUUAUUGUUUUAAUUGAUUGAGAUAUAGCCUAUAUUGGGCCUAUGUGAAUCCUACUUACUUUUAAAGCACAUCUCCUGAAGAAAAUAUCACUUUUCCUUUCUUUCUAUGACACCAAAUGUUUGCAUAUACUGGUAAAUAUAUCAGGUUGUUAGUAGGGCUGCACGAUAUGGGCAAAAAUAUAUAAUUGUGAUUAUUCAACCAAAUAUUGCGAUUUGACUUGCGAUACAGAUCAAAACACCUGGGUGAACUGUUGGAAUCAUAGAAAUAUAAUGAUUUAUUCUAUUUAGCUAGCUAGUUAGCGAUUGGCACACGGCUGUAAACUAACUUUUUCCACUGGUGCUACAAACUUUUUCAGUUGAUGGCACCAGCACAUGAUUUGGUGCGCGAUAUUGACCUGAGUCCAAUAAUGUACUUGAAUUAAAUUACAGAACCAGGCUAAUAAUGACUAGCCAUUUUUUAAAUUAGCAUCCCCUUGAAGGGCUUGACAUUCAGGUUAAUUUGCCAGUGGCAAACCGGCAAUGAAAAGAGUACUGGCCUGGGAAAGAGGAUGACGCGUUUAUCAUUUAAAUGUUAUCUUUAAAUGGCGGGCUGAGCAAGUAGCCUAUAAUGACCUAUCCUCCAUACCCAAAUAAUUACAUUUUAACUUGACUAUCAUAUUUAUAUUGAUCGUUUGGAAGGAAAAAUCUCACAGAGGGUGUUAUUGUUAACGAUUUUGAACCGUCACUCUACAGUUGUAGGGCCCUAUAAAUCAGUUUGAUCUUUUGGUAAAUUCAGUUUUUCCUGAUGUAUUUUUCAAGGUUUCUGAGUUUUCCCAGUUUUUCCCCAAUGUUUUCACUCUCAAAAUCACACUUUGUAAUAGAACCUCAAUUUUUUGUAGUUUUUCUAACGCCACAACAAUGCUUAAACCACAUCAGGAGACCACUUUUGAGGUCUGGGAACAAUAAAUACACAAUAAAAAGAUUUGAAGGGUGUAGUUGUCCUUUAAUUAAAUUGUGUGCCUAGCAAGAGACCAUUGUGUUUGGCUAGCAGUGUUUUUGUACUGUACAAUUUACAGUGUAGCGUAUAUGUGAUGGCAGAGUUCGCAAAACGAAUGCCCCGCGAUUGAUACAAAUCAUCAUGAUAUCGUUCAGCCAGUAGGCCUACUUUGCAGUCAACAUUUAAUUGGGAAGGUUUUUGGGAAAGCCUUUAGAAAUGUUCAUUAAACAGCGCAUGUUGACUCAAUUGCGCGUCGCAAAGAUUCAACCAAGACUUCGGGCCAACCUUUAUGAAUACCUGGUUUGCAUACCCAUUGUUGUUUGAAUAAAUUGUAAUAAUAAAAAUAACUAACGUGAAAAUUAAAGGGUCGCAAAUGCGAGUGUUUUGGUCGCAGUUUUUGACCCUAGAUUAGCAUAAUUGUAGGCACAUGCCAGCGUCCUUAUACUAACUCGCAAAUCAAAAUUAGUAACUAACUUACAAAAUAAUAAUAUAAUAGAGAAAACAUGUGGAUUCAUAUUUAGAAGCCACGUGGAAAGCAGCAUCGUUUUUGUUUUGGAAGAAUAUAUUGAGUGCAUGAAUUGACAGCAUGCUGAGAGAAUAAACAGCAUGGAGGAACUGUGACAGAGGGCGGGGCUUGGUGUGUGUGGCCCGGGAACUAGAAGCAGGCAGCCUGUCUCGUUUGAACAGUGUAGAGAACAGUGUUGCGGCAAAUUAUUGUUACGCAUUGAAUUAUUUAUAGGAUUUUCACUUAGUCGCACUGGUGCGGCCAAAAUAUAACUCCAGGUCGCACUUUAGAGCCCUGGUGGUACAUAUUUGAUUAAUAUGUUAUUCAGUACAUUAUACAGCUGCCUUUAUGUUGUGGCUCUGUCAUUCUUCUAUGCUAAUAUAAUUUAGCCACUUAGCAGACUCUUUUAUCCAAAGUGAUGUGCAGUCAGUGAGUGCAUACAUUUUUGAUAUGGGUAAUUGGGUAUGUGUGCCCUGCGGUAAUAUUGAUGUGUCUGUCUCUCUGGUCUCCACACAGAGUUGAACGACUUCAUCAUCCAGCUGGACGAGGAGGUGGAAGGCAUGCAGAGCACCAUCCUGGUCCUCCAGCAGCAGCUCCGGGAGACCCGUCAGCAGCUAACCCUGAGAGAGAGCUCUGUUCCUGGGUCGGCUCCCCGCUCGGCCCCCCUGGACCACCACCCAGAGCCAGAAGCUGGCCGGAGCAAGGACUGCGAGGCGGGAUUGGUCAAGGCCAACGGACCAGGCAACACCAGCCCCUUUGAUAGGACAGAAACAGCUCCUGGCCCUUUCACAGAGGCAGAGACAGGCAUCAAUACAGAGCAUGAUCAGGAGUCCCUACCGUCUCUAUCUCCCUCAACCACAGGCACAGACUCCAAGCUCUCUAGCCACUUUAGGACCAUAACGAACCAGCUUAGCGAGGGCUAUGAGACUGUAGACUCCCCCACAGGUAGUGAUACCUCUGUCACACAACACUUUAUAGAGACAGACUCAAACCAGGACCCCCAGGAGGACAGGAUAGUGACACAGACUAGGUCUGGCAAAGGCGGCAGGACUGUGGGCUCAUGCCAUAUCCAGAAUGGGUUGAAUGUUACAGGGUAGGGUCUCAGAUAUUUAUGGCCGGUUUCCCCAACCCAGAGUAAGGCUAUUCGUGGACUAAACUUUCAAUGGAUAGAAAUCAUGCCCAAGAAUACUGGCCUAGGUUACUGAUAAAAUGUUAUGUAUGCCCCAUGUAGAGAAAAGGUUCGCCAGUAGUUGUUGAAUGUGAUGAUAUUCAGUGAUAAAGACAUUCAUACAGAUUUUUCAAUGAGUACAUUGUCUCAGUUUGUGCACGUGUGAUGUGUUAUGAUAACAACAAGGCGAAGUCAGACUUUUACUUGUUUUAAGUGUAACAAGUUGUCAUGUGCUGCAUACUUUCAUUUUGAACUUGAUUAUGAUUUCCCAUUUAUUGUGAAAAACUGUUUACAAAAAUGUGGCAUCCUGAAUUUGUAGAUGUUCGAUCCAGACUGAAGUACAAUAAAGAUUGUUUUUAAUGUAAUGAGCAUCUCACUUUGUAUGAAUAAUCAGUUGUAGAUUGUCAUUAGGUGAAGUGUCCAGAUGGACUAAGAUAAAUUGAUAACUCAAUAGUUUGAGAUUGAUUCCUUUCCCUCUGUCCUUUCCUCCAUGACUGAUCAUAUUGUAAAGUGGUUAUCCCACUGGCUAUAAGGUGAAUGCACCAAUUUGUAAGUCGUUCUGGAUAAGAGCGUCUGCUAAAUGACGUAAAUGUAAACAUGAGAAGACGAAUCUUAUCCAGUCCCUUCAUCAGAGACUAAGAAAGGAAAACGAUGUAGAGUAUUGAGACAUCCCCCUGGAUGUAAGGAGGCUUAAAGCUAAGCUACUCUCCUAGAGGCCCAGCUCUCUAGUCCCUCGCUGCCAGUCAGUACACUCACUGUAUUCUUCUCUCGAAUGGUUUGAUUUAGGGUCGAGUCUAGCCCACCUCCAGCCAACAAGGAAAGACUUCCAUCUAGUGGUUGAUGAGGAUGCUGACUCACCCAGACUAGAGUGAAGCAUUGUGGGAUUGCAAGGUAUAAAUAUCAGAUUCAUAACGAGAACAGUGGAGUGCAUUAGGGUGAGUUAAUGUUCAUGUCCCAAAUGGCGCCCUAUUCCCUGUGUAGUGCACUAUAUAGGGAAUAGGAUGCCAUUUGGGAUAUAGUACAGCACAGUACCACUGUUGUCACGGCAACCAUUCACAGAACAAGGCCAGAUGGAUUAAUUUGCCUGCCAGUGACUGUCUUUGCCUCCCUCCCUCCUUUCCCUAUUUCUUCUGCACUGAAUAUUUCUUAUCCAUUUAGCUGGCUCUGGUUCAGUCCCAAAUAGCACCCUAUUCCCUAUGCAGUGCACUACUUUUGACCAUGGGCCCUGGUGAAUUGUAGUGCACUACAUGGGGAAUAGGGUACCAUUUGGGAUGCAAACUAUGGCUGCUUGCAUUCAGCAGUGGGUGGUGGGAUGGGGUUGAAUUAAAGUGACAGGACUGCAGUACGUGACAGUAGCUAAAGAGAUCAGAGUAGCACUCCAGGGUCUGUGAGCUGAGAGAUUUUCAAAAGGGAAGUAACCAUUUCAGUACAGUAGUCAGCCCCUGAGAAACGAGAAUAAAGCUUUUCACUAGGCUAUAUAACAUCCAUAUCUCUAUUCUAGCUUGUGAAGGACCCUCAGUGGAACUGGGAGAGAGAAAUAUAUUUUAUAUUCUCAUAGAUUUUUCUCAGUGUUAUUUUGAUUAUGCAUAUCUGUGCUUUCCACUUCACUGGACCUGGAUGCAGGAUCCAGCAAGUCAGCUGGUUUACCCCAAAGGGCUUUUCCCUCAAUUUUUCUCUUCUAUUUGUUUGAAAUGCGAGCAAGCAGCUGAAGCAAGAGGCAGUCAAGGCAGUCGGUCAGCUGCACAGUGAGCACAGGGGACCAGGAGGACCUUCAGUACAGUACAGGCAUCUUAAAAUAGAAACAUAGGAGGAGGAGAGUCUGUGUUGUGUGGCAGAGCUGUGGUAUGCCAUGCUCAGCGCCUAGCAGUAACAUGGCUGUGAUACAGGAGAAACAGAGGGAGACCCCCAGCAAGAAGACAGUAUCCCAAGAAGACAGAAAGGGGCUUUCUACCAGAGAUAAUCAAGACAACCAGAAGAAAGAUAGCAGAGCCGGGAGACAGGGAGGUGAUUACUGUGGCUUUGAUAUUAUAUAUAUUUUUUUACUGUGUUUCUAGAAAAGCAGGGAUACAGGGUGGUGGGUAGCUGUAGCUUUGCUAUGGUGAGGAUGAUAGCUUUGCUGUGGAGUGUUCACUGUGUUUAUAGAAUGACAUGGAGGUUGGUAUUGUAGCUUUACUGUUUACUGUGUUUAUAUACAGGGCAGGCUAUCUGAACCAGAAUCAGCCUCUCCCUUCUAGUUCAUCAUCAGUGGGGAGAUGUUCCAUCAUGUAUCUAGGCCAGAUAAUGAAGUCAUUAUUUUAAUUGAGUUUUAUUCUGUAGCAUGUACAGCAGGGGAAUUUGGAAAUGUCUAUGGAUCAGAUGAUCUGAUAUUGCCUCGUACUUGUACAUAGAUGUUCAUCCUAUUCUCUACUGCCAUUUUUUUUUGUAAACAGUGAGGUAAUGAUGUAGCUUAUUGAAUCACCCUCUAUCUCUACUGUGGUAAACAUCAACACUCAUCAUAGGCCUGAUUCAGUAAGAUAAAUGAAUGCCCAUUAUUAUAACAUCGAGUGUCAAGGAAGAUAAUUUUUUGUGUGUCCCUCACUUGCUCGAGAAUGAUAAUUUAUUGUGUACGUCACUUGCACCAAAAUUCUGAGAUGGUACUUAUCACUAUUUAGCGACCUCCUGUGAAGCAAGUCUUUCUUCUUAUCCUCUUCUGUCUCUAUGUGCUUGUUUUCUUUUAGCCAUCUCCAUGAAGACUUGUGUCAGGCGCUGGCAUUUGUUUACCCCUGCAAGGCACAACAGGAACAGGCACAUAAUAAUAGCUCUUUUAUUAACAGCUAACGUUCAGCCUAGAGGCUUAGUGCCUGUAUUAAGUAUGACCAGUCAGUUUUCUGGAAACUGGAAUGAUAUGACCUACUGUAUAAGGAAAUUAAGCAUCUUACACUAAGAUUAUAGGAUUCUCUUUUUCUGAGGCAGUCAUGUGUCUCAGACUUUGCCAGCAGGUAUAAACCAUGAUGAUGCAGUUAUACUUGUCAUAAACAUUUACUGUAUGACCACCUUAUCAUUUCUUAUUCUCAUCUCAUAAUGAUCCUGACUAAAUAACAGUCAUUUUGAGUCAGCUGAAAAAGUCAGAGAGACCUAAACAAGAUGUUCUCUUUUAUUCUUUAUUUCAUUUCAGAAAAAGGCAAUGACGACAUGAAGCCCCAUAAUUCAGAGAAGAGGAGAGCAGUCAUCUGUGUCCCUGCCUCCAUCAAAUCAGCUGUGAUCAGUACCAACACACAACCGCCCUUGGAAACCCAGCAGGGUAUACAGCAGGGGGGGGGGAGCGAGUAGAGAGACCUAGAUAUACUCUAUGGAUAUAGGGGGGUCUAUGGUCUGAAUAGAGAUAUGAUAUAUGAUAGAUAGCCGCGAGAGUAGCGAGAUCUAGAGAUAGAGAGCGAUGAGACUAAGAGAGGAUCGCUUAUCUCUCUACUUACAGUAUAUCUCUAUCUCUCUCUCUCUAUCUAUCUCUCUAUUCUCUCUCUCUCUCUCUAUCUAUCUCUCUCUCUCUCUGGGGUACUGCUUGUUCUUUGCAGGUUAUCCGUCAUGAGUGGUCUUCCUCUGACGUGCGCUACCGCUAUCAAGACAUUUUCAAUUUCAUGCUUUGUCCUCACAGAACGGUUUGAGUAUAACCUGACAUUGUGCUUUUUUCCCCCCAUGUCUUAACUUUAAGUCAAAAAAAUCCACCCAUUGUAAACUGAAUAUUGUCUGAAUGAAAGAAAUAGUGUCCCUUCAUAUGAACCAAGCUCCAGCUACUGUAGAACCAUCUUAAACUCCCUGUCAUGAUCAGUAAUGUCACCAAACCCAUACUGUUUAAUGUAUGUACUUGAUGUGGAGUGAAUGUGACAUCUUUUCUAAUAUUCCAGGACCCCAUGCACUGAAGGUUGAUGAGAGACUGAGACUAGCGAAAGAGCGGAGGGAGGAACAUGAGAAACAACUUGGUAUGUAUACCCACACAUGAUGAUGGCACAGCUAAUACACCAAUGAGAUCGCUCAAUUUUCUGUCACUUAUUUUUGUCAUUUCUUGAAAGUAUUUUAGUAGCCUGGUCCAUAUCUAUUUGUGCUGUCUUUUUGCCAGCUCCCAUGGAAACUGUCAUACCAAAUGAGUUUAUUAGAAGUUAGCGAUACAGCACAAAUAUCUGGGACCAGGGUACUGGUAUUAUUGUGGCUAAUAAGUCUCACAAUGUGUUUGCAGUGUCCAGAGAGCUGGGCUGGUUGGCUCGAGAGGAGAGGGCCAGGCGUCUCUAUGAACAACAGCUGGAGGAGAGGAAGAGGAAGCUGCAGGAGCAGAGAGAGAAGGAGGAGAAGAGGAGGACUGCUCUGGAGCGGAGGGAGGAGCAUAAGAAACAGCUUGGUAUGUAGCCACUGGGAGUACCUGGCCUUAUACCCAGGGGGUACUUACAUUUUACAUUUUAGUCAUUUAGCAGACGCUCUUAUCCAGAGCGACUUACAGUUAGUGAGUGCAUACAUUAUUAAUUUUUUAUACUGGCCCCCCGUGGGAAUCGAACCCACAACCCUGGCGUUGCAAACGCCAUGCUCUACCAACUGAGCUACAUCCCUGCCGGCCAUUCCCUCCCCUAUCCUGGACGACGCUGGGCCAAUUGUGCGCCGCCCCAUGGGUCUCCCGGUCGCGGCCGGCUACGACAGAGCCUGGAUUCGAACCAGGAUCUCUAGUGGCACAGCUAGCACUGCGCCACUCGGGAGGUUGGGUACUUGGGAAGACUCAUAAGAACAUAGGCCUAAUGAUCAGUUGUAGGGGAUACCGGGUUGUUUGUCUCACGGGGUGGUUGUCACAGUGCUAAUUAGUCCCAAUCUAAAUGGCGCUGUGUAAUAUUUUUAAGGUUAAAAUGUGUGAAUUCUUCAAAAUAACUCAUCCACCUGGUCAAUUCAUGUCAGCAUGACACAAAACAUUGAGGUGAGGGGAUUUAUUUUGUGUUUUUCACAGGGUAGUGUAAAUAAAUACAUUCUUGGUAUUUUCUAUUUAAAUGUUUUAAUUAUGGAAGCAUCCUGGAACAAUUAUGUUUGUUGAAAAGAGGAAAUAUAUUUCAAACGAGUUCCUAUGCCAACCAGUGUGGUAACUAGCAUCUUAAUUAGCAUGGGGGGGGGCGGGGUUGGGGAUGGUUGUCACAUGGAAUGUGGGGUUGGUUGUCACUAUCAACAUUGUCACUCCCAGUAUAAAAUCAAUCCCAAGCUAUUUUGUGCUUGUGCUAUAAAGAGCCCCCUUCAUUGCCUCUCUCUCACACAUAUUUUCUCUGUCACACAUCCACACACACACACACACACACACACACACACACACACACACACACACACACACACACACACACACACACCCAUACACAUACAAAUUUACUCAAAAUGUAAUAUGUUAUUCUCAAGGCAUAAAAUGCUAAUACAAUUCCUAAUAUUGAAAAGAGUCAUGUAAGAUACAAUGCAUUUGGAAAGUAUUCAGACCCCUUGAGUUUUUACAUAUUUUGUUACGUUACAGCCUUAUUCUAAAAUGGGUUAAAUACUGUAUACUGGUGCUGAGAAAUACACACAAUAUGAAGGGGUACUUCAGGGCAGAGCAAAAUGUGAUAACCAAAGGAGGUUGAGAACCACUGAAUAAACAAAACAAAACUCAACUAAAUGUGUUUGUAGUUUCCAGAGAGCUGGGCCGGUUGGCUCGAGAGGAGAGGGCCAUGCGUCACUAUGAGCAACAGAUGGAGGAGAGGAAGAAGAGGCUUCAGGAGCAGAGAGAGAAGGAGGCGAGGAGGCGCACUGCUGUGGAGGAGAAGAGGAGGCAGAGAAUGAAGGAGGAGUCAGUGAGUUCAAAUUUUAUUUGUCACAUGCUUCGUAAACAACCGGUGUAGAAUAACAGUGAACUGCUUACUUACGGGCCCUUCCCAACAACGCAGAGAGAAAGAAAAUAGACAAAUAAUAGAAAAGUGAUAAUAAAUACACAAUGAGUAACGAUAACUUGGCUAUAUACACGGGGUACCAGUACCGAGUCGAAGUGCAGGGGUACGAGGUAAUUGAGGUAGAUAUGCACUACAUAUAACUAGGAAUAAAGUGACAGAUAGUAAACAGUAGCAGCAGCAUUUGUGAUGAGUCAAAGUUAGUGCAAAAAGGGUCAGUGCAGAUAGUCCGGGUAGCUAUUUGGUUAACUAUUAACUAAAUAUUUAGCAGACUUAUGACUUGGUGAUAUAAGCUGUUCAGGGUCCUGUUGGUUCCAGGUCGGCAUGUUGGGUCAGCAUGGAUCAACAGUUACUUCGGUUUAGGUGUCUAUUGUGGGCACCAGUGUUGCUUUACAGCUUUUUCCAAUAAGAACCGUUUUUCUACAGAGAAGAAAAUAUACAGAUACUGUUUUCCACAUUUUGUGUACACAUCUGAAGCUAAACGAUUUUAAGGCUCAAUAUGAUGUUAUGGAGCUUGUGACCAAGUUACUGUAUCACUAGUCAUAAUGCUCAAACUCAGCACCUACAGUGGAUGUGGGAAGAGACUACUAUAUCACUGACAUUGAGGCUCGUGUUGUUGUCUGAAGGAGCGCUAUGAGUCUGUGGUGAAGAAGACCUUGGAGAAGAGCCAGAGGAUUAAGCAGAGACUCAGCCAGGGCUCUCGAGGAAGGAAGACCGACAACAAGAGCGGUAAAUUAAUAAAGGCUGCGUCUCAAAUGACACCCUAUUCCUAUAUAGUGAACUACCUUUUAGUGUCUUCUUGACUUUCAUCCUCUUAACCCUUAUGCUACCGAGCUUAUUUUUCACCCUGUAACAUCUUUUAACCCUAAUUCUUCUUCACUUUCCUCCUAUUUCCUACCAAUUCUUACUUGUAUUUUCUAUCUCUGUCUUGUAUUUUCUCUUUAUCGCUGUCCCUGUUAAUUGGCUUUUCUCCACUAUGCUUGGCUUUACCUCUGUAGCUCCUCGCCGCUCCCCCCUGACUGCCUGGGAGAGGGCUCUGGUCAGUCGCCUCCUCACCCCUACCUGCUCCUACCUAGCCAGGAGCAGGAGCAGGAGCAGGAGUCAUAAUUGUCAGUCAAGAGAAGAAGAAGGUACUCUACAGGCCUGUAGAAUAACAGUUAUAUACAGUAUAGAAAGUUAUAAAGACCAGAUCUAAAGCUAAGAAAAAAUGACAUAUAAUACAUUUUGGUAAAAUCUAUGGAUAUUUGGACAUAAUAUUUUAAUUCCCACAAAAAUGGUAAGGCUUCUCAAGUGAAUUGUUUACUAACUCUUUGCUUCUUUUUCUUUUCUAAACCAUUUUUGGACACACUUACAUUCUUUCACUGUAUCACUUGCUAACCCUCACCCCAUUGCCCCACAACAAUGAAACAAACGCACUGGUUCAGUUGUCCAUAUUUGUCCCCGUUCAGUUUCAUGCCACUCCAUGCCUGCCACUGCCACGAACUCACACAAAUCACCACACCGCACUGGCACACCUGACCACCACCUGGCGCAGGCAGACCUCCGGGAAGACUACCGGGCUGACUACCGGUCUAUCAUCCAGGCAAACUACCAGGUAGCCGCCUCCCCGGGUCCCAGCCGUACAAGCCAUAGACCCAUCAAUGCGGCACAGGUAAUACCUGCUGGAAAUGUCAUUGUAAACAUAGAUAGUUUUAUCUCUAUGAUUGUAAAUGUCUGGGUCGACUGGGUUGGUGGGAUGGUGUUGUUGGUCUGUCUCCAUGCAAUGUAUGAACUUGUGGGAAAUAAUUUCCUUGGAUGAAGACAAUAAACUGAAUCUAUUCCAUUCUAUUCCUUCUGACUCAUUUUACUAUCAUAUAUUUGCUAUAUUGAUAGGUAAAUGAUAUUAAUUGUCAUACCAUGUAUUGGUAAUAAGCCUCAAUCACUUUCAUGUCUUUCUGAAGUCCUAAAAAGACUGCAGUAAGAUGAUCUUGUAACCUGCCUGUUAAUUUAUUAUGAAGCUAAAAGCAGCGCAGCAGAAGGAAAAUGAGAGGACGGCCAGGAGGAAUACUCAGCAGCCUCACAUACCCAAUGCUCCCUUGAAAGCAUUACCCACAAACCCACUACCCAACGCUGGCGUGAAAGCGUUACCCACAAACCCACAGUGCAGAGCAGCAGUGCCCUCCCAAGAACGGUAUGACUGUCCAUCCGUCCGUCUGUCUGUUAUUGUGUCUGGAUGUUGUUUUCACAAAAACGACUGUACCGAAUUUCUUUCAUACAAUGAUAGCACUCUGUUGAGAAUAUUGUGCAACCAACCCCAUCUUAGUGACCCCUUUUGAUGUUGUUUACUUAUUUAUCUAAACAAAAGUCUCCUCUUCCUUUUUUCCAGUAAACCUGUGAUCAGACACACAUCUGUGAUCAGACAGCCCCCAUCACAGCAGUUAGAGCUGGAACUGGACCCUGUACCAGAGGAGGACGUUCUUCCAGUCCCCAACCAUACCCUCUCCCCUGGGAACUCACGGCCCAUCAGGACCCCAGCUGCAGCAUGGGACCAGGUCCAACCAUUCCUACACUCCCCAGAACCUCAGACUCAGAGAGAAACCACACUUAGUACUGAAGGCAGUGCAGGUGAGGGUGAGUAUCUAAAAAUGAAAGGUACUGCACCAUCAAUUACUAUCUAUUUUCUAGAUAGAUUUCAGAUAUUGUAUUCUUGGGUGUGAGGUUGGAGUGAAUUCCAAUGCAGGAUAUCCAGUUCUACAAAUUUGGAUCGGUGUGUUUUGGUUCAGAGUGACUCUUAUGACAUGUCCACCUCCUCAGCCCUCCCUCCUAGAGCCACUCCCAGCCCAAGGCCCUCUGCUGGCACCAUGGACCCAGAGGAGGCCUCACGUCUCCUGGCCGAGAAGAGGAGAGAGGCCCGCCUGAAGAGAGAGAGAGAGGAGGAGGAAAGCCUGUGCAGGGAGGGGUUAGAGAGGUACGGACGGAGGGCCACCUUACAUCUUCGAAUGACCCAACAUUAAUCUUCCCAGUAUGAACUAAAUCUGUUGAGUAAACUUUUCGCGUAAAAUACAAAUACGCAGUUGUGUCUUGUGCACCUAUUUGUCAGCUUAGGAAGUCUAAGAGGGCAUUUAGCGUGUGUUCAAAGGUUCAGAUUAAUUUGUAUAGUAAUGUGAUGUAUGGUGUGGUGUUAUGCAAAUGUUAUGUUAUGUGGGAUCAUAGGCGAGGCAGAGAGGAGCUGGAGCGCAGGAGAGUAGAGCAGCGAGCACGGCUAGAGGCUGAGGCCCAGUGGCUGGUAGAAGAGAGGAAGAGGAGGGAGAAAGAGGAGCAGAAACAUGCAGAGGAGGAGAGGGCCCAUGCAGAGGAAGAGAAAGCCCUCAGAGCCAUGCAGGAAGCUGCUUUCCUCCAGAAACAGGUGAGGGAUGUGGUCUAUGAAUACUGUACAGUGCUAGAAAGUGCUUUGGUCAGAUGGCCAUCAGAUAUUUAUGCACCCUCAAAUGAUAUAGACGAUAUAUAACUGAAACACUAAGUAAUACAUUGUCCCAUUCUGAUCUUUCCGUUCUCUGUGUCCCAGAGAGAGGAGGAGGAGACCCAGGCCAGGGAGAAGGCAGAGCAGCAGAGGCUGGAGAGAGACAAACACUUCCAGAAGGAGGAGGAACAACGACAGGAGAGAAAAAAGGUGAAAGAGACAGAGGCAAAUGUUCUUAUCAUACUGAAAUGCUUGUAAGAUAUUCUGGGGAUCCAUAUUGUGUACAAUUGACUACAAGCAGCACCCAGGAUCUCUAUACAGUGGAGCUCAAUUAUGGUGAACUUCAAUACAUGGGAUGGAGGGAGGUUAGGGGGUAUUCUUGUUUUGUGUUUCACAAACAAACAUUUGUUCUUAAGUAAGGGUGAUAGUUUAUCAUAAAAGCGUUCAAGACUUUUAACAGACCUCUUUUUGUUUUCAGCGACUGGAGUUGAUCAUGAGGAGAACUAGGAAACCUUCAGUUGAAGAUAAAGACGUAAGAACAUUGCCCUAAAGCACUCAGGUUCUGCCACACCUACCAAUGGUUACCCAUCUUUGGCUUAAAAUGAAACAAAAAAACUUGUAUUUUCCUGCCACAAGUACCAUAGUCGUUAACCAUUUAAAAACCAAACCAAACUUGCCCUUGACCACAUUGAUGUGAUCACUUUAAUGAAAUCCAUCCCAAAGGUACAACGGUUUUAGCAAAAAACUAAACCAAAGCACUUGUAAUUUCCUGCCUCAAUUACCAAUGUUAUUAACCAUACUUUGCUUUAAAAAAUAAACAGAACUUGCCCUUGACUUGACCAAAUUGACAUUAUUGUUUUGUUUUCAUGCAGAAGCCUGCCCUGAAUGGGAACUCAAACGGUAACUCCUCCUCUCCAGAGGAAGCCCAACCAAAAGAGAACACUAAGCCUGUUAAGAAUGGCAACGGCACUUUAGAAGAGGUCAUCAACCUAGGGGUCGGUGUCGGGACUGGGACCAAACCGUCCAAGCUAGGUCUGAGUGACACGGAAGACAUGGUUCCUGUUGUGGCCUUCAAAGAACGCAGGUAUAUCCACAGUAUAUUUAUGUUUUUCUUGUGAAACAUGUUCUGUGAUGCAUGUUAUCAGAAGUGAUGUACUGUAUGUGUUGCCUAGCACAUUUUGGUUCAUUCAUUCAGGUCCCUGAGAACUCUGACAGGCAUGGAGGAGAUCCAAUCCCAUCAGCGAGCAGGUGAGAGCUCAUCACCAGAUCCUCCAUCAGCUCAUCUAUACGCUCUAUGCUAUGUAGAUAUUACACUAGAGUCCUGA